ACCCAUCCCCCCUGCCCCUCCCGAGUCCCAAUUCACGCGCUCCCCUUUCUCCCUCCACGGCCGAUUCGGCGAUUCCCCAUUCCGCCAAGCCAAUCCCCCGUCGAAUCCGAGCUUCGGGAGGCGCCCGUGGCUGGGAUCUCCCCAACCGCCUCGCAACCCCGCGCGCCGCCGCACCGAAAUCAACAUAAACAACUACUGAUCGGUGCAAAAUGGCAAUAAGCUUCAAAUAUUGGGAUGACUGCUUGGAUCCAGAGGAUAUGAGAUUAAUGUGGCAAGAUCCUGUUGUAAGUAAAGAGUGGACCGAUGCAGGGGAAGAGCAGGGACAGAAAGUUCAUCUCUCACGGGACCCUGAUGGUGAGGCAUAUCUCACACAAACUGAAAUGAUGGCAGUGGCUGCAAUCACCAUCCAUAGACAUUUCAAAUCACAACUGGACCCGUAUAUGAUAGGCGCACUUGCGGAAAUUGCAAGUGGAAGGAAACUCUUUAUAGAUACCUACGACCGCAAGACAAAAGAGACCAAGGUUGGGAUAAUGCAGGUGGCACCUGAAGUUGCUCAAUGGCUUGGAAAGGAACUGGGUUACAAGAGAUAUGACAUUGAAGAUAAUACCAAUUUGCUCUACUGGCCUCUUGUAAAUGUCUACUUUGGUGCUGCUUAUGCAAAAUGGCUCUUCUCUUGUGAUGAUAAACAAAGAACAGAAGAAUUUGUUGUUAGAGCAUAUAAGGGCGGGAAAAAAAAGGCUUCUCACAAAUCAACUUCUCCCAUUUUCCAGCAUUAUCUUUAUGUGAAAGAGAACUUGUUAUCUAUAAGACAACCAGAAAUUUGCAAUGAGCUCACUUCUGGCCCGGAAAGUUUAUCAAGCACAGAAGCGCAGUUGAUAUAUUGGGAUUCCAAGGUAUCAGAGGCUGAUAUGGAAGCAAUGUGGAAGCAUCCUGAUGUGUAUAAGGAGUGGACAAAAUCCGGUGAGCGACGUGGAAAUGUACGAUUUUCCCAUGAUGCAAAGAAGAGGCCUUACCUUUCUCGCGUGGAGGUGAAGGUAAAUCUGGCUGUUGCUGAAAUAAUCAUAUCACGCCAUCUGGGCACAAGAGGAUCAAAACCAGAAGCUCUUGCAGCACUUGCAGAGGUCUGCAGUAUGCGCUUUGUUCAUGGAGUAAGUACCCGGACUGGAUUGAUGGGAAUAGACUACCCUACUGCUGAAUGGCUUUCCAGAGAUUGUGGCUAUAGGGCGUAUACAGUGAUCUCUGUGGAUGAUCUCUACAAUCCUUUUGUAUCAAUGUACUUUGGUGCAUCUUACUUGGCAUGGUUGUCACGCUAUGAAGGAAGGGAACAAAGCUAUGAAUUCAUUGUCCAAGCUUACCUCGGGGGGCCGGAGAAUGUUAACCUUCAGGAGACUGGUCCGUUAUGGAACCAAUUCUUGGAGGCAUUAGCACUGUGUCAAGACCCAAAGAAGGAGAAUAGUAGCUGCUGUAUUUUGUGAGGUUGUCUGAUAUGCCUCCAUCUUUUGUUACUGAAGAUCCCCUCCCAAGGGUUCAGCAUCGACAAGCAACGUGCUUUGCAUGAACUACAUGAGGUACACAGGGCAACAGGGGCUUGUCAAUCCAUACAUAUUUUGGCCUACCGCCCCCCUGCUCAUGGAAUGCACCAACGUGGCUGAACCCGUCGCGGUUUACAGAACCGUUCCAUGCUUCUGUUCCAUCUGUUUCCUUUUCCUUUUACCGUCGGUAUAUGCCAACGGUUGUAAUCCUGUUCUUUCCACCUUUUUGGUGUGCUGUAAACUGCAAAGAAAAUGUUGUAUAGGAGCUCAUUAGAAGGCAAAUCCUUUUGUAAAAAAUGUAAAAUCAUCCACGCUCCAUAGAAUAUGUGCUAGCCUGUUACACAGACGGCAAAGGAUGCCAGUAGCUGCAAAACAAAUGUAUCAUCA